AUGGCCUCGAGAAAGAAACAGCCGAAAAGGGAUGGCAUCCAUUUCGUCAACGCCAGGCCAGCUUCCGAGGCUGAGAAACUGAUCGCUCAGCGUCUGGUACGCGCCCACGUCGGCCGCUGGAUCUCCGACCAAACAAAAGACCGCUUUGAAGCUGCUGUGCGCCGUCCAGUCCGCGACUCUUUUUCCCCCUUAUCUGCCAAUGACCCUGGUGUCGGUCCGUCCUCGUACGCCCUCUCAAGGCACGCUGGCAAUCGCAACCCCCCUUUUUCCUUCGCACGGCCUCCAUCCCCGUUUCCACCGUCACAUAAUAGCGAUAGCAGUGACAGCUCCAGUGGGGAAGGCACUGUGAGUGUGAUUUCCACAGAGAAGCUUGGGGUUGUGCGACGGCGCAAGCGGUCUUCUGUUGCUCGUGAGAUCUCCGGUGUCUUUGAUCCUUUUCAUACAUAUCCCUCGCCCGCGCACUUCGAUCCUGAAGUAGUCGAUUUGUCGGAACGGUAUAUUACAACAGUCAUCUGGCCGGGUCUUGCACCGCGGCCGAAUCAUAUCAAAGCGGCUGGUGAAUCAUGGUUUCCCUUGUCUAUGGCCGACCCCGCAUUGUUCAGCGCCUUCAUGUUCGGAUCGCUAUGUCAUCUGCGCGUGCAAUGGCAGAACAAUUGGGUGCCGGGGACGGUAUUCGGCCCGAAGCAGCAGCAGUUAUUGCAGCAGUGUGAAAUGGAAUCCAUCAAGUUGAUUAAUCAGGCUGUGCGGGACCCCACUCGUGCAGUAAGUGACGCUGUUAUAUUGAGCGUUAUCUGUAUGGCGCAUCAUCAAGCCGAGGAGAAGUCGGUUUAUCGACAUGAGAAGACGGCUUUUAUCCCACCGUUUCCUCGAUUACAAUGGAUUGAUGUGUAUGGGUGUUUACCACCCAACAUGAUCCAUAUUCAAGGCUUAAUACAGCUAGUCAAGAUGCGCGGCGGCCUACGGAAUCUUACAACAACUGGUCUGGCCGCGACAGUUUGCUUUUCCGCUAUUCUCACCUGCAGUUCUCUCUGUGUAAACCCAGGCUCUGAAUUCUGGCCUCUAGAUGAAAACCGCAUCGGUAUGAGCGUCCAUGAAGUCCUCGGCUUCACACCAUCAGACACACAGCAUGGCUUCGCCCGUCUACAAGGAAUAGGCGCAACCUACGAAAUGGCAGAUGCCUUCCAGGCAGUCCAAACAUAUAUCGCUAUUAUCAAAGCCAGUCCAACUUCCACGCCAGACGUCUCCCUCCUUGCCGAUCGCCGUAAUAUAACACAACACACCCUUAUCUCUCUUAAGCCUGCUUCGGAGUUGCAGUCUUUCUUCUCGCAUCCAAACCAUGCGUCUACAUACGAAGCGUGUCGUCUCGCUGCGCUCGUCUUUGGCGUAGGCGUCAUCUUCCCCAUCCCUGCUCAGAAUUCGCCCCUUCAUACCCUAGCUCGCAGUAUCCAGUCUGUCCUCCUUGAGGCAUCCUCUUCUGCAUUGUGGUCUUCGCCUUUGACCCGCUUUGCGCUUAUUUGGGUAUUGACUUUGGCCGGUAUUGCGGCUCACGGCGCGCCCGAGCGUGCUUGGUUUGUUUCUGCUUUGGCCGAUAUCACUCGUCGCACUGGCUUGUCUUCUUGGGGAAGUCUUAAGUCGGUCCUUGGCUCUAUGCUUUGGUAUGAUGCUGCUUGUGAUCUGGCUGCUGAGGCUCUCUUGCUUGAGGGACAGCGUACGUAUCAGCAGCAACAUCAACAUCAGCGUACAGAUAAGAUUGUAUGA